AUGACUACCCACCAUUCUUUUUCAUUUAUCCUUAUUUUGUUUUUCUUUAUCUGUCUUUGCAUUUUCUUUUAUCGAAGAAAAGGGCAUUUUUGUCUUUUCUUACUUAUUCAUUUUCUCCUUCUUUUGUUCUCUUAUUUCUUGCGGUCCUUUCUUUUUGAGACCCUUUUUACUUUAGUAGGAGGCAUUGUGACAGCUACUUCUGUUAUUCAUCAUAAUGUCUCCUCUGGCUCUAGUGGGUCGGAAUUGAGCGGUCCUCCACCUUUGGAGUCCUCCUCCAGCACAGAGUCCUUGGGCACUUACCGCAAUAUUAUAGCGGCCGAGUCCGAGGCGCAGAUCUAUCAGCGGAUCCAGGCGCUGGAGGGGGGACUAUAUUCUAAUCUUCCCCCGCAGAAUGAGCCGGGGGAAUAUGCGGGUAUCGUCCGCGCCCACUUUGAUCAAGCCAUAACUGUAGAUCAUUAUCUCCUUAUCUUUGAUAAGGAGAGAUUUGAUCUACAGGUAUUGGAAGGCAAGGCCGUCUUGCAAGAUAAGCUCUUUGAGCUUAUGCUUAGUCAGCCGAAUUUGCCCAGAAUUUAUGAAAUAUGCCUCCAUAAUCAGGGAGAUAUCCGAAAGGAGGCAUAUUCAUUCCUACAAGAGAAGGUGGAACCAUUUAGUGACCCGGAGGUCGCUGCUCAGAGGGAUCGGAUGUCCCAAUCGCUCGCGAGCUUUACUCAGCAGCUGAACGAGCACGGUAGAAAUUCCGAAAUUUACCAGGAAUUCUACCGGGAGUUUACGGAUGAGAACUUCCGUCGCUCGCUCGGGUUGCCCUUACCUUAG